AUGCUGAACUGCGGGCCUCGCUUGCUCCACCGUAGGCUGGCUGCCCUCUGGGCUCCCCAAGCACCUUCUCCGAAAUCUACAUCUCCCCAGCCAGCCCCCCAAGCUGCUGCAAAGGACCCCACCCCUGCCCAUCUCUCCCUGGACUUGGACGAUGGGAAGGUAUUCCACCUGAAGAGCAACUGGGAGCUCACUCGGGGGCUGCUGGUGUUCCGGCUCUGCUCCUCCCCAUGGCUGGUUCGGAAAGCGCCCACGGUCCUUUCCGUCUCCCGGCGAGUUCUGGGCCACCGACUCUGGACUUCUGUGCUCCGUCUUACGCUGUACGGUCAGUUUGUUGCUGGCGAAACCCACACAGAGGUCAAGGAAACACUGCUACGGCUCCAGAACUUGGGGAUCCGUCCUCUCCUUGCCGUCCCCAUAGAGGAAGAUGUGGGGCAGGCAAAGGAAGGAGAAGACUGGUAUGACAAGAAUGCCCAAUCUAUGCUUACCUGCCUGGAUCUGUCUGCGGUUGGUGCCGUCAAUCCCAUGAUGCAACUGAAGGUGACGGCACUGAUGGCAGCUGCGCUCUGCAAGACCAUCGCCCUGCGUUUGCAAGAGCAGGAGACGAAGUCGGACAUGAGCAUCGAGAGAGUGGUGGCUGUCAUGAAAGGGGAGGAGCUGAACUUUGGCUGCCUGACCCAGGAAGAGAACCACCAUUUCAAGAAAUCGUUGAGGCGACUCAAUUCUGUAGCGCAGUAUGCUGUGGAAAAAGGAGUUCGUGUCCUGGUGGACGCAGAAUACACCUACAUUAACCCCGCCCUGACGCUUGUCACCAUGGCAAUGAUGGCUGUCUGGAACACCCAAAAGCCAUGGAUCUGGAACACAUACCAGGCAUAUCUCAAGGACACCCUGGAGCGGUUGAAACAGGACGUCGUCCUCACCGAGCGCUUGGGUGUCUGUUUUGGGGUGAAGUUGGUCCGGGGGGCUUACCUGGAGAAGGAGCGGAAACUGGCAAAGGAAAAAGGAUACCCUGAUCCUGUGCAGCCCAGUUGGGAGGCUACCAACAAAAGUUACCAGCGCUGUUUGGAUUUUGGUUUGGAUCAAGUGUCUCGAGCCAGGGGAAGGUUUGAGGUGAUCGUGGCCACACACAAUGAAGCGUCCGUGAUACACACUGUUCAAAGGAUGGCAGAGAUGGGCAUCGACAAGGGUGCUGGACCGGUCAGCUUUGGGCAGCUGCUGGGCAUGUGUGAUCAGGUUUCCUUGGCGCUAGGCCAGGCUGGUUAUGCCAUCUACAAAUCCAUCCCUUUCGGCUCUGUGGAAGAAGUGAUCCCCUACUUAAUCCGCCGUGCUCAUGAGAACCAAAGCGUCUUACUUGGGAUCCGGAAGGAGCGAGAUCUGCUGCAAUUGGAGCUUCGGAAACGGGUUCUGAGGCGGCCAUGAGGGAAUCUAAAUAUCCCAAAGAACUACCCCACCUCCCAAUGCUUAUUCAUGGAACCAGGGCCCUACAUUGCAACAUCUCCAUAUCACUUCCC